CCCUCUCAGGCACCGAAGGGACUGCGCAUGCGCAGAGAAGCCUCUUGUGCUGUGGAGGGGUAGGCCGCGGAACCUUUCUUUUCCUAGUCUUCGGAGCUUCGGGUCGCGAUGGCGGACGUCUUGGACCUCCACGAGGCGGGCGGCGAGGACUUCGCCAUGGACGAGGACGGCGACGAAAGCAUCCACAAACUGAAGGAAAAAGCAAAGAAAAGGAAAGGCCGAGGCUUCGGGUCAGAGGAAGGCUCCCGGGCCCGGGUUCGAGAGGAUUACGACAGCGUGGAGCAAGAUGGCGACGAGCCUGGGCCACAGAGAUCGGUGGAAGGCUGGAUCCUCUUUGUGACGGGAGUCCACGAGGAAGCCACCGAGGAGGACAUUCACGAUAAGUUUGCAGAGUUUGGGGAGAUCAAGAACCUCCACCUCAAUCUGGACCGCCGGACGGGGUAUCUGAAGGGUUACACACUGGUGGAGUACGAGACGUACAAAGAAGCGCAGGCGGCCAUGGAGGGGCUGAACGGGCAGGACCUGAUGGGGCAGCCCAUCAGCGUGGACUGGUGCUUCGUCCGCGGACCCCCCAAAGGGAAACGCAGAGGCGGCCGCAGACGGAGCCGGAGCCCCGACCGAAGAAGACGCUGAUCUUCCCAUUGAAAUCCCAUAACGACGGUAGUUUUGUCUUUGGGAUUUUUAUUAUUAUUUGGUGCCGGUCACACGGAAGAGUCUCCCACAUCUUCUGGAUUUUUUAUGGAAUAAAAAUGCAAUGGGUUUGUUUUUGUUUUAAGGAAA